CUGCUUGUGAGUUUUCUGAGAAGGACAUAACAAAGGCUGAACAUCAUCAAUUCAGUAAUAAAGAUUUGACCACCACUGAGAAGCAUGGAACUGCGAAGCAUCCAGAAAAGUAUCAGGGUAUUUUUGUUUCAAACUUGCAUGUGGAGCCAUGUGGCACAGAUACUCAUGCCAGCUCAUUACAGCAUGAAAACAGCAGUUUAUUACUCAUGAAAGACAGAAUGAAUGUAGAAAAGGCUGAAUUCUGUAAUAAAAGCAAACAGCCUGUCUUAGGAAAGAGCCAACAGAGCAGAUGGGCUGAAAGUAAGGACACAUGUAAUGAUAGGCAGACUCCCAGUACAGAGAAAAAGGUAGUUCUGAAUGCUGAUCCCCUAUAUGGGGGAAAAGAACUGAAUAAGCAGAAACCUGCAUCCUCUGACAGUCCUAGAGAUUCCCAAGAGUUUCCUUGGAUAACAGUGAAUAGUAGCAUACAGAAAGUUAAUGAAUGGUUUUCCAGAAGUGAUGAAAUGUUAACUUCUUACGACUCACGUGAUGGGGGAUUUGAAUCAAACACUGAAGUAGCUCGUGCAGUGGAAGUUCCAAAGGAAGUUGAUGGAUAUUUGGGUUCUUCCGAGAAAGUAGACUUAAUGGCCAGUGAUCCUCGUGGUGCUUUAAUAUGUGGAAGUGAAAGAGUCCACUCCAAACCAGUAGAGAGUAAUAUUGAAGAUAAAAUAUUUGGGAAAACCUAUCAGAGGAAGGCAAGCCUCCCUAACUUGAGCCGCAUAGCUGAAGAUCUAAUUAUAGGAGCAUCUACUGUAGAACCUCAGAUAACACAAGAGCGCCCCCUCACAAGUAAACUAAAGCGUAAAAGGAGAAUUACAUCAGGCCUUCAUCCUGAGGAUUUUAUCAAGAAAGUCGAUUUGGCAGUUAUUCCAAAGACUCCUGAAAAAAUAAUUGAGGGAACUGACCAAACAGAGCAGGAUGGUCAUGGGAUGAAUAUUACUAGUAAUGGUCAUGAGACUGAAAUGAAAGGUGAUUAUGUUCAGAAAGAGAAAAGUGCUAACCUAACAGAAUCAUUGGAAAAAGAAUCUGCUUUCAGAACUAAGGCUGAACCUAUAAGCAACAGUAUAAGCAAUAUGGAACUAGAAUUGAAUAUCCAUAGUUCAAAAGCACCUAAAAAUAGGCUGAGGAGGAAGUCCUCUACCAGGAAGAUUCAUGCACUUGAACUAGUAGUCAGUAGAAACCCAAGCCCACCUAAUCAUACUGAACUACAAAUUGAUAGUUGUUCUAGCAGUGAAGAGAUGAAGAAAAAACAUUGCAGCCAAAUGCCAGUCAGGCACGGCAAAAAGCUUCAAUUCAUGGGAGAUAAAGAACCUACAACUGGAGCCAAGAAGAGUAACAAGCCACACGAACAAAUAACUAAGAGACUUGCCAGUGACACUUAUCCAGAACUAAAUUUAACAAACAUACCUGUUUUUUUUACUCACUGUUCUAGUUCUAAUAAACUUCAAGAGCUUGUUAAUCCUAGCCUUCAAAGAGAGGAGAGCCUAGGAACAAUUCAGGUGUCAGACAGUACCAAAGACCCCAAAGGUCUGACAUUAAGUGGAGGAAGAGGUUUGCAAAUUGAAAGAUCUGUAGAGAGUACCAGUAUUUCCUUGGUACCUGAUACUGAUUAUGGCACUCAGGAUAGUAUCUCAUUACUGGAAGCUGACACCCUAGGGAAGGCAAAGACAGCACCAAAUCAACAUGUGAGUCUGUGUGCAGCAAUUGAAAGCCCCAAGGAACUUAUCCCUGGUUGUUCUAAAGAUAUUAGAAACAACACAGAGGACUUUCAGGAUCCACUGGGACGUGACGUUAACCACAUUCAGAAGGCGAGCAUAGAAAUGGAAGAGAGUGAACUUGAUACACAGUGUUUGCAGAAUAUGUUCAAGGUUUCAAAGCGUCAGACGUUUGCUCUGUUUUCAAAUCCAGAAAAUCCAGAAAAGGAAUGUGCAACAGUCUGUGCCCACUCUGGGUCCUUAAGGGAACAAAGUCCAAGAGUCCCUCUUGAAUGCAGACAAAAAGAAGAAAAUCAGGGAAAGGGUGAGUCUAAAAUCAAGCAUGUGCGGGCAAUUAAUACAACUGUGGACUUCCCUGUCGCUGAUCAAAAAGAUAAGAAGCCGAGCGAUCAUGCCAAACGUAGCCCAAAAAGAGUAACUAGGCUUUGUCAGUCAUCACAGUUCAGAGGCAACAAAACUGAGCUCAUUAUUGCAAAUAAACAUGGGAUUUCACACAACCCAUAUCUUUUACCAUCACUUUCUCCCAUCAGGUCAUCUGUUAAAACUAUAUGUAAGAAAAACCUGUCAGAGGAAAAGUUUGAGGAACCUGUAAUGUCACCUGAAAGAGCAAUGGAAAACGAGAGCAUCAUUCAAAGUACAGUGAGCACAAUUAGCCAAAAUAACAGUCGAGAAAACACUUUUAAAGAAGUCAGCUCAAGCAGUAUUAAUGAAGUAGGUUCCAGUGGUGAAAACAUUCAAGCAAAACUAGAUAGAAACAGAGGACCUAAAUUAAGUGCUUUGCUCAGAUUAGGUCUUUUGCAACCCGAAGUCUAUAAGCAAAGUCUUCCUGUAAGUAACUGUCAACUUCCUGAAAUAAAAAGGCAAGGAGAAAAUGAAGGCACACUUCAGACUGUUAAUGAAGAUUUCUCCCCAUGUCUAAUUUCAGAUAACCUAGAACAACCUAUGGGAAGAAGCCAUGCUUCUCAGGUUUGUUCUGAGACACCUGAUGAGUUGUUAAAUGAUGACAAAAUAAAGGAAAAUAGCAACUUUGCUGAAAGUGACAUUAAGGAAAGAUCUGCUGUUUUUAGCAAAAGUGUCCAAAAAGGAGAAUUCAGAAGGAGCCCUGGCCCUUUAGCCCAUCAUACAUGUUUGGUUCAGGGCCACGAAAGAGGGGCUGAGUCCUCAGAAGAGAAUGUGUCUAGUGAGGAUGAAGAGCUUCCCUGCUUCCAACACUUAUUUGGUAAAGUAACCAAUACACUGUCUCCAUCUACCAGACAUAAUGCUGUUGCCACAGAGGGUCUAUCUAAGGAAACAGAGGAGAACCUAAUAUCAUUGAAGAAUAGCUUAAAUGACUGCAGUGACCAGGUAACAUCGGCAAAGGCAUCCCAGGAACAUCACCUUCAUGAGGAAGCGAGGUGUUCUGAUAGCUUAUUUUCUUCACGGUGCAGUGCAGUGGAAGACUUGACCGCUAAUACAAACACCCAGGAUCCUUUCUUGAUGUUUGAUCCUCUUUCCAAACAAGUGGGGCAUCAGUCUGAAAACCAGGAAGUUCUGAGUGAUAAGGAAUUGCUUUCAGAUGAUGACGAAAGGGAAACUGGCUUGGAAGAGGAUAAUCGCCAAGAAGAGCAGAGUGUGGAUUCAGACUUAGGUGAAGCAUCAUCCGAGUAUGAGAGUGAAACAAGCCUUUCUGAAGACUGUUUGGGGCUGUCCUCUCAGAGCGAUAUCUUAACCACUCAG